AUGGCCGAUGACAAAUCUUACCGUAUGCUAGUGCUUCUUGAAGAUGCGCUACCAAAUGCUGGCGGUUCAAAGGAUGAAACGAAAAACGACGCGAAGGCUACACAUGAGUUUGUUGAUGAGUUGAUUCUUCCGUUUGACGUAGACGCUUUGGAAGAACUGAACGAGUGGUUCGAUGCAUUUGACGCUGCUAUAUGUAUACCUAACGAGGGAUUCAUCAAGUAUGAAAUUAGCAGCGAUGGGCUGGUGGUGCUACUUUUGGACCGUUCACGCGAAAAGGUCGUAGAUGAGGUGCGGAAGUUUGUCGAAACGCAUGCGUGA